AUGGAACCCUCAUCCUCCGAAGAAAAGUCCAUAUCAACAAUAUCCAAUUUUUCCGCGCACCUUACCGAUGGUAACGGGAAUUAUGCGAAUUUUCAGGACGUGCCGCGCUUAAAACUGGUGGUGGUCGGCGAUAGUUUUACUGGUAAAACAAGCCUGCUCCACUCGUACACGGAGCAACGGUUCGUGACAAAAUACGAUACGACGGUGUUUGAUAAUUUUGCGAUGUCGGUGUCGAUUGAGGGGAAACGAUUUUUGGUUAAUCUGUUUGAUACGGCGGGCAAGGAAGGUUACGCACACCUCCGAACACUCUCCUACCCACAAACAAACGUCUUUUUGCUAUGCUUUUCCAUGACCGAUGCGACGACCCUGGAUUCUUGCCAGUCAAUAUGGAUGCCGGAAAUUCGUAAAUACACGGGUCACAUGGUGCCGGUGCUGCUCAUCGGGACAAAGGAAGAUGCCUGGGAAAAUCAACCAGAAUCAGAUAGAAUAUCCGUUGAAAAAGUAAAGCGAUUAGCCGAGGAAAUGGGAUGUGCUUCGUUUGUGGCUUGUUCAGCUUUAACACAACGCGGUUUGAAGCAGGUGUUUGACGAGGCAUUCCUGGCAGCAAAUGGCGUCCCAAUUCGGCGAGAUGAAGCGCCAAGUAUUUGCUGUACCAUAUUG